AUGCCAAUAACCGAAUCUCAAAGAUCAUUCGGGCGGUCGUUUCUGAAUUUACGGCGUGACUCGGUGCACUCGGUCGACUCAGCGACGGUUUCCGGCGGCAAUAGCAACGAGUUGACUCAGAUGGAGGCGGAGUUGGAUUCGUUUCAGAGAAAAGUCGCCGAGAGGUUUACCGAUCUCAACGCCUCGAAUUCCGAAGAUCUGCUCUCCCUCGAAUGGGUUUCGAAGCUUCUCGAUUCGUUCCUCUCCUGCCAAGAGGAGUUUCGCGCCAUUUUAUCCAACCGCCGAUCUCAGAUCACCAAACCGCCGAUGGAUCGAUUGAUCGCGGAUUACUUCGAGAGAAGCGUCAAAGCCCUAGACGUCUGCAACGCGAUUCGAGACGGCGUCGAGCAGAUCCGUCAAUGGCAGAAACUAAUCGAAAUCGUCGUCACCGCUUUCAACGGAUCCGGCGGAGGAGGGAAGAGACCUCUCGGAGAAGGCCAAUUCCGCCGCGCGAAGAAGACGCUGAUCGAAUUAGCGAUCGGAAUGCUCGACGAUAAAGGAUCGUCUUCAACCUCGGUUUCUCAGCAUCGUAACCGCUCAUUCGGAAGAAACAACAACAACAACAACAACAAGGAUCAUCUCCUCCACCACCGAUCAAUCGGCCAUUUCAGAUCGCUCUCGUGGAGCGUCUCGAGAUCAUGGUCAGCUUCGAAGCAAUUGCAAGCGAUUGGAAACAACUUAGCCACGCCUCGAGCUAGCGACGUCGCUGCGAGCAACGGGCUCGCGGUUCUCGUUUACACGAUGACGUCGGUUCUGCUGUUUGUGAUGUGGGCGCUCGUGGCGGCGAUUCCGUGUCAAGACAGAGGGCUCGCGGUGCAUUUCAACGUGCCGAGGAGUUUCCAGUGGGGAGGAUCGGUGAUGUCUCUGCACGAUAGGAUCAUUGAGGAGUCGAAGAAGAGGGAGAGGAAGAACAGUUGUGGGUUGUUGAGGGAGAUUGAUCGGAUUGAGAGGAGUUCGAGAGUGAUGAGUGAGUUGGCUGAUUCCGUUCAGUUUCCGUUGACGGAGGAGAAGGAGGUGGAGGUGAGAGAGAGGGUUGAGGAAUUGGGGAAGCUUCAUGAGGGUUUGAGGAAUGGUUUGGAUCCGUUUGAGAGGAAAGUGAGGGAAGUGUUUCAUCGGAUUGUGAGAAGCAGAACGGAGGGGCUUGAUUCUAUUGGAAAGCUUCCAGAGUGA